AUGGCGGAGUUCUCGUGGCUCACGGCGCUAGGGUUCGCCUUCCUGACCUUCAACUCCGGCAUGGCCGUGUACCGCUCCAACGGCGACGCGGGGUCCGUCGUCUUCGUCGCCGUCUCCUACCUCGACCUCGUCGCCCUCUUCGCCUGCCUGCGCCUCUACGAGCGCCUCGACCGCCACUCCCCGCGCCGGGAGCGGCUCAAGGCCGCCGUCUGGGCGCUCACCACGCUGCUCACCGUCAUGUUCACCUACAAGGUCGCCGAGGUCAUGCCGCUCGCCGUCAAGCUCCUCGUCUGGGCGAUGGCCGCCGCCACCACCUGCGGCGGCUUCUACGUCUUCUUCGUGCACGACGACAAGCCGUACCAGCAGCUGCAGGACGCGUCGGCGGCCGCCGAGCGCGGGGACGUCGCCAACUAG